GCGGCGCCGGCGGCCAUGGCGGGAAAAGAGGCGCGCGUCAGAGGCAGCUCCCCUCAGCCGCACUACAGCGACUGGGGCCGCCUGGAGGCGGCCAUCCUCAGCGGCUGGAGGAACUUCUGGCAGUCGGUGGGCAAGGAGAGGGUGGCGCCGAGGGCCUCUCCAGAGGAGGCGGAUGAGGAGGCCAGUGCCCUGACGCGGCUGCCGAUUGAUGUACAGCUAUAUAUUUUGUCAUUUCUUUCACCUCAUGAUCUGUGUCAGUUGGGAAGUACAAGUCAUUAUUGGAAUGAAACUGUACGAGAUCCAAUUCUGUGGAGAUAUUUUCUAUUGCGAGAUCUUCCUUCUUGGUCUUCUGUUGACUGGAAGUCUCUUCCAGAUCUAGAAAUCUUAAAAAAGCCUAUAUCUGAGGUCACUGAUGGUGCAUUUUUUGACUACAUGGCAGUCUAUAAAAUGUGCUGUCCAUAUACAAGAAGAUCUUCGAAAUCCAGCCGUCCAGUGUAUGGAGCUGUCACUUCGUUUUUACACUCGUUGAUCAUUCAGAAUGAGCCACGAUUCGCUAUGUUUGGACCAGGUUUGGAAGAAUUGAAUACAUCUUUGGUGUUGAGCUUGAUGUCUUCUGAGGAACUCUGCCCAACAGCUGGUUUGCCUCAGAGGCAGAUUGAUGGUAUUGGAUCAGGAGUCAGUUUUCAGUUGAGCAACCAACAUAAAUUCAACAUCCUGAUAUUAUAUUCAACUACUAGAAAGGAAAGAGAUAGAGCAAGAGAAGAGCAUACAAGUGCAGUUAACAAGAUGUUCAGUCUACAGAAUGAAGGAGAUGAUCAACAAGGAAGCCGGUACACUGUAAUUCCACAAAUUCAGAAGGUGUGUGAAGUUGUUGAUGGGUUCAUCUACGUGGCAAAUGCUGAAGCUCAAAAAAGACACGAAUGGCAAGAUGAAUUUUCUCGUAUUAUGGCAAUGACAGAUCCAGCAUUUGGAUCUUCAGGAAGACCGAUGCUGGUUUUAGCUUGUGUUUCUCAAGCGAAUGUAAAAAGAAUGCCCUGUUUUUAUUUGGCCCAUGAGCUGCGUCUGAAUCAUCUAAACCACCCAUGGAUGGUCCAGGAUACAGAGGCUGAAGCUCUGACUGGUUUUUUGAAUGGCAUUCAGUGGAUUCUUGAAGAAGUAGAAUCUAAGCAUGCAAGAUGACACUCCUCUCAGACCUUGGGAACUGAAACCAUUUGAAACUUGUUACUAAGGUCGUGAUGUGGAUGUUUGCCCAGUGAGCUCACUUUGUCCUGCCUUUUUGCCGCUGGGCUUUAUAUUGGACAGCUGUAGCUGCUGUGUUUUUUAAUAUAAUUUUUACUUUUUACCUUAAAUCAAUUAGAAAAGUUUCAAUGCUAGCAUUUAGCCCCAAAACAAACCUUUUAGAUUUUUCCUGAUAACUUUUAUAUUUUCUGUCUUUUUUAAAAUAUUAAAUUCUGAAAAAGCAAGUUUGUGCUUUUCUCAUUCCUUGUGGUUUCUAUGCUUUUUGGUUCAAAGAUUGCUCUGGUGGUGAAUAGCAAAUUUGCUAAGCUUUCUAUAGGUUCUUUUCAAGGGUUCUUAACUAGUUAUCGGAAAAGAAAUUUUUAUCUAUUUUUAAUAAAUGUACUGCUUAAAGACUGAAUAUUUACUGGAAUUGCACUUAAUAUUAUGGCCAUACAACUUCUGUUUUUUUCUAAAACAGUACAAAUUAACUUUAUAUCAUAUUUAAUACUAAUUCAGUGAAAAUAACUUUUCCUGGAAGUUCUUCCUAUUUUCAAAUAACUUUGAAAGCUUAUAGAGAAAACAUUCCAGAGACUCACAUGAUCCUAUGAUCUCCUCCUCACUAAUUGCUUGCACUUUGCAGAGGAAACGUUAUAGCCCUCCUCUCUCAACUCGAUUUAAAUUUUUCUGUUAGCUUUUUAGCAUAUCUCUGCAUUUUUUACAGGUUCCUCUUAUGAUUGCCACAUAUAUCCUUAGCUUUUCAGUUUUCUUAUAGUUAACAUUGUAUCAAUUUGUGUGUGAUGUAGGAAUGUUGUAACUGUGUAGAUCCUAUUAUUCUUACCACUCUUUUUGCUACAGCUGUUAAAUGUAUUACACCUACAUAUGUUAUAAAUCCCAGAAGACAGUGUUAUAAGUUUUGCCGAAAGUCAUAUAUAUUAUAAAGACUGUAGAAGAAGAAAAUUUUUAAAAAUAAUAAAAGUAGUCUUUUAUCUUUUUCA